UCGGAGAGACUACUACACAGAGAGAAAAGAGAAAAAGAGAGAGAAAAGAGAUAAAACUCUCUCUUCUUUCCCUUCUCUGUGAGAUAGAUUUUGUUUUUGUGUGUGUGUGAGAGAGAGAGAGAUCAGUGGUAGUGGUUCUGUGUGAGCGAGUGCUGGGAGUGUUUACCAUGAGGACGCAUGGAGUUAUCUUCAGCCUCAGCCAAGAUCCCCCAUACCCCAAUUCUCAGCUCUAUCACUUCCCUUCACGUAUAGCCUGUUCUUCGCCAGUCUCUGCCAUACUUUCAUCUCAUCACUAGAUCACCAUCACCAUCAUCGUCAUCAUCAUCGUAAUGAUAAUAUCCUCUCAUUUCAUUUCACUUUCUCUCUCCUAAAUUAUCCUUUUCCAUUCUAUCUCUCGAUCUCUCUCUCCUAUACUAUAUAUCAACUUCUUCUGUCCUUCUGUGUUUUUUCUUCUUCUUCUGGCUAUGGCGGAGGGUUUCGAGCCGUACCACGUUCCGCAGCAGAGCCGAAGAGACAAGCUACGAGUCGUCGCCGCCGCCGCCGAGCAUUCGCCGGCGGUUAACCUCCCCGGUUUGAUGCUUCCACCUCCUCCGACGCCGUACGAUCCCGCUUCUCUGAUCAUCUCCUCAUCGUCGGAUUUGCUGACGUCAUGCACUCCGACGACGAAAGAAGAAGUCCUGAACAACAACAGCAACAGUAGUAAUCUGAUGGGUCUGACUUCGUCGUCUUCUAAUUUCAGGAGCCCUUACUUGGAUCCCCAAUUUCACGACAUUAACAACAACCCAGGAGCUUUCUUCCAUUACUCGUCGCAGGUCGCUCUCCAAAACGACGACGAUCAGGUCGUCGUUUUCAAGCCCGAGCCUCUCUCCCUUUCUCUCUCUUCCUCGUCCUACUCUAACAGCAGCGGUAACCACCAUCACAACAGCCUUCCCGCGAUUUACGGGAGUAUUGUUGCCCCAAACGACGGCGUUUCGAGGAGCUCGGUUCCGCUAGGGCCGUUCACAGGCUACGCCUCCAUUCUCAAGGGCUCCAGGUUCCUCAAGCCAGCUCAGCAGCUGCUGGAGGAGUUCUGCGACGUCGGCGGCGGCGGCGGCGGCAUUUGCUGCGAGAAAAUCGCCGCUGCGGACUCGUCCCUCAUGGAUCCUCAGGUGGAGAGCUUGAGCGCCGACGGAUCCUUGAUCGUUGAUCAUGAUGACCAUGACCAUAAUCGUCAUCAGCUUGGUGGGUCGUCAGAUAUUGGGGUCGAGAUUCGUAAGAAGAAGUCGAGACUAAUUUCAAUGCUUGAUGAGGUAUACAGGAGGUACAAGCAAUACUAUCAGCAGAUGCAGGCAGUUGUAACAUCCUUUGAAUAUGUUGCCGGGCUAGGCAAUGCUGCUCCUUAUGCUAACCUAGCAGUAAAAGCGAUGACCAGACAUUUUAAGUGCUUGAAGAAUGCAAUUAUGGAUCAGCUUCAGUUUACUAAUAAGGAUAGUGCGCAUGCAAGUCAUGGAAAAGAUGAAGCUCCAAUGUUUCGGAAUAGCAAUAGAGGCCUUUAUGGCCAAAGACCAAUUCAUAGCACGGGAUUCCUCGAGCACCAACCAGUUUGGCGACCACAAAGAGGGCUUCCCGAGCGUGCUGUUACCGUUCUUAGAGCCUGGUUAUUCGAGCAUUUCCUUCACCCAUACCCAACUGAUACCGACAAAUUGAUGUUGGCUAAACAAACUGGUCUCUCACGAAGCCAGGUUUCAAAUUGGUUUAUCAAUGCAAGAGUAAGGCUCUGGAAGCCUAUGGUAGAGGAAAUACAUAUGCUGGAAACACGCCAAGCGCAAAAAUCUGCGCAGAGAGAGGAUCGAAAUGCCAACAGAUCAUCCGAUCAUAUGCAAUCAGCAAACUCCCUCGCCUCCGAAAAUCCAUCAACCUCAACCCACAGGGUCCAAGACACCUCCAAACGUACCAGAAAUGAACUUCCUAACAUGCCAGUGGGGAGCGAAGAAAUGAACUUGUCGUAUGAAACCUUGCCGAGCCAUCUGCAAGUGGGUGCUGCUGGCAUGAGCAUGGCGGGUAGUGGUAACGGUGUUUCUCUAACUCUUGGGCUCCACCAAAACAAUGGCAUCGGAUUAUCAGAGCCCUUUCCUAUAAACGCUGCUCAACGCUUCGGUCUUGGUCUCGAGGGAAACAGCGAGGGGUAUAAUGUAAUGAGUACUUUCGAAGCCCAAAAUCGGCACUUUGGAAGGGAUGUCAUCGGGGGGCAACUCUUACAUGAUUUUGUGGGUUGAAGAUGUAGUUUCUGCAGCUAUCUGGUGAUGGUUCAAUUGAAUGUUACACUAACAAAGUUGCACGAGUGGAUGGAUCUUUUAUCAGUAGAUUGCCGGAGUUCUCACUAGUUGAAAGCGAGAGUGGUUGAAAUGAUCUCCUUGUUAUGAUAUAAAAAAGGUAAGUUAAUGGUGCCAUUGUAUAUGAUCUCUGGAAAAACAUGCCAAACAACAGCAUAUAUAUGAAACGAUUGGUGUUACAUUCUUGUGUAAAAAUUUUUAUGAGAGAAAUUGAUACCACGUCAAACCGAAUGCAAUAUGGUGUUUGACAUGGCUUUUUAGAUCUGCUUCCAAUGCCAAUGAAUACCCUUAAUUAUUUAAUGGGGAUUGCCAUUCUGCUGUAUAACUCUCACCAUGGCACAAAUCUUCCAUCUUUUAUAGUGUAAAAUUGUGGAAUACCUUUUUAAUCUAGGCUUUUAUAGUCUUGAUCUUUUA